ACGCUUUUUGGUGGUCGUGGAUUGCCGGAAAUCUUGACAGCGGCGCAGUUCAACGCAAGGGUUCAGGCGAUAUAAAGCAGAACGUUGACACCCAUUUCGAAGCCAUUCCUCUUUCUUAUUGUUGUGCUUGUUCUUGUUAGUUGAAGCUUCGAACUGAACGACGUUUUUGCACUGAGAAUUAAGUUUUAGCUUUUACGGAUAAUAUUUUCCGAAAUUUAAUCUUCGCCUGACUGGUCACAGUGCGUCCAAAGAUCAAGUGACCUUUACAUCCUGCUGGAUUACCAACGGCUGCCUGAUUAAUUGCAAACUAAGAUUAAUCGACCGAAUUUUCUGACCAUGCCUGAAAGCCGUGUCGCCGACAUCCUCUGCUGCAAAACCGCCGAACGCCGCGAACAAGAGCGCAUCGACCGGCACAUCCGCGAUAUGCUGAAGAAAUGGGAUUCCUUCUCCGACUUCAAACUGCUCCUGCUGGGCACCGGGGAAGUGGGCAAAUCCACCAUCAUCAAACAGAUGCAGAUCAUCCACAGCCAGCACUUCCAGGAUGACAAACACCGGCGCACCUUUAUCCGCGCGGUUCGCGAGAACAUCCUGGAGGCCAUGGGGGUGCUGCUGCUGGCCAUGGGUGACCUCGGGAUCCCGUUAGCCGAUCCGCGGCACCGCAGUCACGCCGAGGUCAUCAAAAAAGAAUUCCGCAAACCAUACCACAGCGAGACAGCUCAACGCUUGUUGACGAUCGUGGGGAUUUUGUGGGAGGAUGGUGGAGUACGGGAGUGCUACCGGCGUCGGCAUGAAUUCCCGUAUGUGUAUCUGCACGACUCGGCGAAGUAUUUUUUCAACCGGAUUGAUGUGAUUGCCGACGCUGAGUAUAUUCCCACUGAGCAGGAUAUCUUGCGGGUGCGGCAGAGCUCGACCGGCAUCCAGGAGUACACCUUCGAGAUCGAAAAAGAAGUCUUCUUCCGCGUCAUUGACGUGGGCGGUCAACGCACCGAACGCCGAAAAUGGAUCCACUGCUUCGACAACGUCACGGCCAUCAUCUUCGUCGCCGCGCUGUCCGACUACGACCAGACCCUGCUGGAACGCGACCCCCACACCGGCGAGAAGCACAACGUCAACCGGAUGGCGGAGAGCCUCGCCCUAUUCAACGUCAUCAUCCACGAGAAGUACCUCCAGCACGCGUCCAUCAUCCUCUUUUUAAACAAGACAGACAUCUUCGAAGAGAAGAUCCAGGAGCGCCAUCUGGUGGACUACUUCCCGCGCUACGCCACCUUCCAGCCCAGCCACACGGAUACCCUCGGGCCGCAGCGCGAUGCGGAGGCCGGGAAGGAGUUUAUUCUGCGCUCGUUCGAAGCGUACGUCAAGUGUAAACAGACCGCCGCGACAAGGGAGUGCUUUGAUCGGGGUGGGGGGCAGCGCGCGGGGAACGGACGGCACUACAGUAUCUACCCGGAACAGCAGCCGUUGUAUUCGCACUUCACAUGUGCCACGGAUACCGAGGGGAUGAAGAAGAUCAUUCAGGAUGUGGAGGAUUAUUAUCUACAGCUGGCGCUUAUUGAGUAUAAUUUUCAGUGAAACGCGCCCUGGUGGCGGUCAAUCUGACCUGGAUUUCUUUGCACAAGACAGACAAUAUUAUUAAUCAGUACUCGCUUCGAAAAUAUAUAACGAUUAUUGUAUAAUUUAUAAACUUAUAUAACCGUCAUAAUUACGAGUGUUUAUCUUACUGUUAACUGCGGUCUUGUAAAUGUAUUCACUGUAAAAUGCUAGGCAAGUUCGUAUAGAAGUUAGGAAAUUUGCCCAUCAUCGCGGGUGGAAGAUAAUUAACCACCGCAAGCAUU